AUGGUCCCUCGCCUAUCCAACGGAGUCGACACACCACUUUUCGAAAUUAAACAAAUACCCCGAAAGGGUAGAGGUCUCGUCGCGCGCAUCAAUGUAGCGACAGGCACUCGCAUCCUUUGCGAGAAGCCGCUUCUCACCGUUCAAUCCGAAUACACGACACCCGUUGAUGCGGAAAACAUGUUUGCUGCACAGCUGAAGGCACUGCCCAAAGCAUCCCAACGAGAAUUCCUGUCCCUCCACAAUACCAACCCCGGCAAGUACCCAUUCACCGGGAUCGUCAGAACGAACGCCCUCCCUUGCGGACCCAGCUCUUCCGUAGGCGCAGUCUAUCCGACAAUCUGCCUCAUCAACCACAGUUGUGUGCCAAACUGCAAUCACAGUUGGAACAGCGAUACAGGACGCGAAACCAUCCACGCGAUCCGACCCAUCGAGGCGGGAGAGGAAAUCACAAUUGCCUAUGAUUGUGGCCGUGUAUCGGCUGUACGCCGUGCCUUCCUGAAGGUAAACUUCGGUUUCGAUUGCAUUUGUCGUGCAUGCUCCCUUCCUGCUGCGGAACUCGCAGCCAGCGAUGCUCGCCGUGAACGGAUUCAAGCGCUCGACGACGCCAUUGGCGACGCUUCUCGCAUGGCCAGCAGGCCCAGCGACUGUCUCAGGGAUUGCCACGCGCUGCUUCAAGCGCUUAGGAAGGAGUACGACGGCUGCACCGUGGUUCUCAGUGCCAGAGCGUAUUAUGACGCUUUUCAAAUUUGCAUUGCGCAUGGGGAUGAGGCUCGAGCGAGCGUCUUCGCCGAAAGAGCUUACAAGAUCAGAGUUAUCUGUGAGGGUGAAGACAGCCUUGAAACGCAGAGGAUGCUGUCCUUUGCGAGGAACCCGGCCAGUCAUCCUACGUUUGGAAUCUGCUCGUUUGGGUGGAAGAGGUCGAGAGCUAUGGUGCCAAAGGGGUUGGAUGCGGAACAGUUUGAAGAGUGGUUGUUCAAGAUGAAGUAA